AUGCUUGCCACGAGCACCGUGACGCCCGACCCUGUGAGCACCGUGGGCGUAUACGGCUGCAUACGGCACGCCGAAGGCCUCUUCUCGCCGAAGGCUUCUGCUAGCGCCGGGGAUCUCAGCUGGAUGGCCACACAACAUUCGCAGAGGCGGCAGCCGUCCACGACAUUCGCGGACCUGCACCACGACCUGCAGUGCCACGUGCUGCUCUUCGCCGACGUCGCGAGCCUCGUCGCCGUGAAGGCCGCGUGCACUGCGCUCCGCCACUGCGGCCGCGCAGUGCUUCUCUCGCCGCAGUGGCUGAGCCGCGGCGGUAACCGCGAAGACAUGCGGCACAGGCUGUGGCGAGGCGUCGAUCUGUGCGUCCACGCGCCGCACGUCAUCGUUGCGCACGCUGGCCAUGUCUGGUCGCUGGCGCUCAGCUCCGAGUACCUCGUGUCGGCGGCGGAGGGCGAGGUGGUCCUUCAAGUGCGCGACGCGUCGCGCUCGAGUCGCUCCAACGACUGCGCGUACCGGCGAGUGCAGCACGCCGCGAGCGGGCGGUCCGUUGACGGCGUCACGCUCUCUCGGUCGGUGCUCUCGUGGCACUUGGCGCUCCGUGGACAUCAGCUUGCGGUGCUCGGCCGCCUGGUUGACCUCAGCCGCUUGCGCGAGGGCGACGGCCAGGAGCCUGACCGCAUCGUCGCGUGCCCGCUGACGUUGUCGAUGGCCGCGUGGAGCGACGCCGGCCGGCUCUUCCUGACGCAGGAUCGGGCGAUUCGCGUCGCGCGGCAUCCGCCGACCGACCGCCCUGCCGACAGCGACGUGGCCGGCGGCAUCGUGCUCGAGGACAGGGUGCUGAGGGCCGGCGGGCCACCGCCCGCGCGAACACACGGCCUCGCCGCUGGCACGCUGUCGGAGACGCUGUCCUUCGUCGCCGUGACGAGCCACAUUUCCUUCCCCGAUCAGCCCGCUGUCCUUCGGCACCGCGCGAUCACCGUGCUCACCGUGGACACUUCGCAGCAGCAGAUCACCAUGACAGCGGUGCGCCGCCUGCAGGCCCACCACCAGGCCAUCUACGCGCUGGCCACGGCCAACGAUCGCCUUGCGAGCGGCUCCGACGACCACACCGUCAAGUUGUGGAACCCGUUCGCGCAGGACCCCGCUGCGAAACUGCUGGCUACCAUAAACACCGGCGCAAAGGUCUGGGCGCUUGCGAUGAGCGGCGACCUCCUCGUCUCGGGCGGCGCCGGCAACGCCGUCUCGAACGUCAACGUGUGGAGCUUGCGCGGGAUUGGCACGUUCCACGCGGCCGGCAGCGUGCGGAGCGCCGUGAGGCUGGCGUCACUGCGCGGCAUGCCGGAGCAAGGGGUGCGCUCGCUCGCGUUCGAUGGCGACCGCGUCGUGGCGGGCGCCGACGACGGCCGCUUGUAUGUUUGGCACCACGACGGCUUGCCGCUGUGA